AUGGAACUGAAGCUAGAAGUGACCGGAAGAGUAGUGAUCAAGCCUUCUUCAGCCGCACCUCAUGAUGAACGCCUCCAGCUUUCCUUGUUCGAUCUCAGCUGUCCAGCAAUCUACGUGGCAACUACCUUCUUCUUCAAAUCCACCACCGGAGAGUCGCCGGAGAUCAUUUCCCGGAGACUUAAAACCUCUCUAUCCGAAACUCUUUCUCGUCUCUCUCCUUUAGCUGGACGAAUAGAAGGCAUCUCCGUAUGCUGCAAGGACGAAGGAGUCAUUUUCACCAAGGCACGCACCGAUCUCCUCCUCUCAGAUUACUUGAGAGAGCUCAAUACAGACUCUCUUGCAGAGUUUCUCCCUGAAGUCGAGCAGGGAGAAUCUGCGGGGACAUGGCCGUUGCUAAGAGUCAUGGUCACUUUCUUCGGGUCGAGAUCAGGAGUCGCGGUCACUGUUGGAAUCUCUUACCAGAUCUGCGACGCGGCCUCAUUGUUAACCUUUGUCCGAGCCUGGGCCGCUACAGCAAAAGGGACGGCAACAAGUGUGGUUCCUCAGUUUGCAGGCACUACAAUCUAUCCUCCUCCUUAUAGCUUUUACCAAUCUCCUUCACUUGAUGACCUUUACAAGCUUCGAGGAAAAUGUGUAACAAAAAGACUCGUCUUCAAAUCCUCAAAGAUCGCUGAGCUUAAACUCAAAGCCGCUAGCGGAAGCGUCCCCGUUAAAGAAGCCAUCAUGUCACUUAUUUGGAGAUGUGCUAAAAAAUCCUCACGGUCUAACUCAGUGUCUCCAAAGUCAACGCUGAUGACUCAAGCCAUGGACUUGAGGCUUAGGAUCCCCACUAAUGUUUUACCAGAAAACGCUAUGGGCAACCUACAAUCUGCUUUCUUUCUCAAGAGAGAGGUAGAGAGCGAGUUAGAGAUCGGUGAAAUCGUGGCCGAGUUUAGAAAGACCAAAGAAUGCGUUAAUGAGAUGAUCAAAGAGAGUCUUCAAGGCUGUACUAAUGACACUACUACCAUCACCACCACCACACUUGGUCAGAACUUGUUGACUGCGAUGGGAAGUUUCAUGUCGGAGUACUUAAGACCGGACAUAGACUUGUACACAAUGUCUAGCUGGUGUAGGAAGCCUUUCUACGAGAUUGACUUCGGAUGGGGUAAUCCGGUCUGGAUGGGACCUGCUUCACAUGCGAUCUACGAUAACAUAGUAUUUGUGGUUUUGAUGGACUCGAAGGAUUGUGAAGAUAUAGAAGCUUGGGUAGGGAUACCCAAACAAGACAUGACUACUUUCCUAUGUGAUGAAGAGUUGCUUGCUUAUGCCAUCAUAAACCCACCGGUGUUGAUCUAA